AUGACAGUCGCUCGCAACGUCGAACACCUGCUGUUGCAGGAUCGUACAGCGGUGCAGGGAUUCGUGCGAGAGCGGUGGCAUUACUACGUCCCCAAGUGCCACAUCCCAGGGCCCCAGCCGAUCAUCCCCCGCGAGUGGGGCCAGGAGUGGAGCAGCUGCAACGGCGCCAAGCAGUCGCCCGUGCUGCUGCUACCACACAAGUCGAUCGGCGUGGCGGUGCCGCCGCUACGCUUCCAGCAUUUCUCCACGCCGCUCGCCAACCCGGUCAUCUACAACACCGGAAGAACGCUGCGUGUGCGCGCGUCGAUGCCGAAACCGAUCGUGACCGGAGGACUGCUGACGGAGGAGUACGUGUUCGAUCAGGCUGAGUUCCACUGGGGUCGCGACGACCACAGCGGGAGCGAACACAUCGUCGACGCCCUCAGCUACGCCGUCGAGGUCCAAAUGACCUUCCGUCUACGGACGCCGUCGGCGAGGGUGGACUGCAAGGAGUGCCCUCCUGCGUACGUCGGCUUGGCCACGCAGCUCAAGACGGUUCGGCAGCGCAACCCUCUGCUGCGCACGCUCAUCUCCUCCCUGAGCUCGGUGUCGUAUGCGCUGGAGCGGACUGAUCUGCCCCUCCCGUUGCGGCUGAUCGCCUUCCUGCCCAAUGACACGCGCAACUACUACAUGUACGAGGGCUCGCGCACGGUGCCGCCCUGCACCGAGAACGUGCUCUGGAUCGUCUUCCGGGAACCCACCUUCAUCGGCAGGGACCAGGUAAAGAUGCUCCGGCAGCUGUACGCGUUCCCGGAGGUGUUCACCUGCAACAGGCACCUGGUGGCCAACCUGAGACCCCUACAGGAGAUUGGCCGAACCAGGAUGCUCUACAGAACAUUCAGGUGCACGGACAUUCUGCUCCUUCGAGGCUGCGCCUGA